AUGAAAAGAUCAAAGAAAGAAAAACCAAAAAAGUGGAUAGAGCAGACAAAAAAAGUAAAUGUUGUAAAUGUUGCAUUUUAAGUAACUUUUUUUUUAAUUUAAAACGUCGGAUCUAUUAAUCCAAAAUUUAUAUUCUUCCAACCUGUCUAUCGUCAAAAUCAUAAAAAAUGUUAAUAAACUACGUGCUAAUGCUUAUUCUAAGCAUUCACCUUGCAACAACAGCCUCUGUCAAUCAAACAAGCAUUUUCCAUUCUGAAACGCAAAACCCUCAGAAUAGUACCAAUUCAAGUGCUCCGUUGGCUCUUCUACUUAAAGCCAAAGAAGAUCAACCAAAAAAUAAAUCAUUGGACAAAUCUGAGGGAGUAGUGCUGAGUCGUAAAAUUUUUAAUACUAGCACCGUAAACGAACCGAAAAAUAUUCCAACGCCCCUUAUAAAAAUUGUCACCGAAGGCUCGGGAGUUUCUAAAGUUAAUCCAAAUGAUACUACUUCUAUUGUUCUCAGUGGUGUGAAAGUGAACACUCAAAAGAACUUAACUUCAACAACAACAAAGAAACCACCAAUUGUUGGAGGUUCCAAUUCAACUCAAAUAAAAACUCACGAGACAAAUGAGAAUAAAACUAAGACCACGCCGACGACAUUAGUUCCCCAAAAUAAGACUUCCAUAGUUGUGGCUCACUCCUCGUCUACGAACAGCACAAAGGCGUUCACGACGACAACAACUAGUACCACAACUACUUCCACCACGACCACAACAACAACAACUACUACAACUACCACAACGCCAAAACCUAAAAAGCCAACUAUUACAUCAGCUGUUGAAGAUUUGCCCGAAUUGGCCAGAGCCAAUGCUGAAAUAAACAACAAAUUCCCUUCCGAAACAAAGUCUUCUUCUGGCAGAUUUAUUGUUGAAGAUCCAGAGACACCUCAUGCCCAACCCUCACAAGAAUUGGAUAGCAGACUCUAUCGCAAUCAUCGCGAUUACAUUAUUCCAAUUGUUUCCAUUAUUUUUGCAGUGCCAAUUCUAAUGGGAAUGGUCAUUGUAGCCUAUCGUCGAUUCAAAGACUUCUGGUCAACUCGUCAUUAUCGUCGAAUGGACUUUUUGGUCGACGGAAUGUAUAACGAUUGACAGGGAUAUCAAGUCGGAGCAACAUAAUAAAUGUUGUUAUUUGCUGGAGUGAAGAACAAAACAAAUUAUAAUGAGCAGGAGGAGGAGGAAAAGGAGGGAAGUGCAGAGGAAACAAUUUGUGGCCAAAUUUAAAAUACAGUUUUAUUUUUUUUACCCCAAACAAAAAUUCGAUUCCAAAAUACGAGAGAUAUUUUCUAUAAUUAGGAACUAUACUUCCAUUACAAAUAUUUGCUGUGAUUCAUUUGGAUUUUCUAUGCAUUGUAUUAUCGCAUUGGUGCAUUUUAAUUUAAAAUUUCCUUACGGCAUCUUAAUAAGGAUAAGAUUAAGUUAUUAUUUAAAUUUCAAAAACAACAAACUCGCAUUGUUAUCUAAAUUCAAUUAAUAUUAUUAAAUGUAUAUUUUUGUCAUCAAAAGGCCAUCAACAGCAACUUAACAACUUUGUCCAAAGUGAAACAGGCUUAAUCAAUUUAACUGAUGGAUCUGAUGACACUUUUACUAACCCUUCUUCCAUACAUUAAACGUUUUCUUAUAAGAAAA